AUGAGUGAGGUACUUCUUCUGCUUUCCAUGGCGCCUGCCAGUAACAGUGGAGGGUCUGAGAACCCUUCUAUGCAUUCCCUCUCUGCUACCCGCUCCCUGCAUUUGGGAGACGCAACUUUCGGAGAGGGAAUUCACCCGUCGGUGGACGAUUUCCAAGUAAAAUGUGUUGGGCUCCAUCAACCACCUCUUCACGAGGAGGAGCGUCACCAGCGCAUGUUGAUUAUGUUAGAGUGCCAGUUGGAGUUUAUGACGCUAGUGAUGUGGUGCUUUGCAAUAAGAAUGCGGAUUGAAAAGGAGCUUUUGCGGGGCCGGAUGCAAUCCGUUCAGCUGCAGGAGGCCACUUUGCAGCACCGCAUGACUCGCUUUGCCCAUGUGGAGGAUCGCUUUGGGCGCCCUGUGAGAAACCCUACAUGUCGUCUGCUCCUGCAGGAUGAGUUUUUUGAGAGGGAACACAUUGCGUUACAAGAGACCGUAGAGUUCUUGAACGUUUGGGCAAGGAUGAUACCCGCACGGAUUUCUAUGAUGCAGGGACCUGCUUUUUUUGCUGAGGUCAUGGCAAGUUUACGGAGUCAAGGACAUGCGGCAUUCUUCUUUGGACCAAAUGUAUUGGCCACAGCCUAUCCAGACAAACGCCUGAGUGCAUUGCGCAAGACUGUUCGGGGCCUAAAAAGCGAUCUCGCCACUAUUCACAGCGAGGCGGAGGUGCUCAGUUUCACACUGGAUGAGGAGUUUAAGGACGACGAGGCGGAAAUCACCCUGAAUGCCAUGAAGGCAGGUGAAGAAGGCGAGGUGUUGACUGGAAGGGAUGCGGAUUACUGUGCCAAUGUCAUGCGACUGGCCACGAAGCAGAUGGACGAGCUACGCGGCAGUUUGUUUAGGCUUACGGAGAGGCUGCACGAGACGGAGCAGUCUCUGACUAGCACCAAAAGAUCCUUGUUGGAUGAGAAGGAGCACAGCGCACAUUUGCAGGAAAUUUUGAACGCCACAGAGGAGAUGGCGGCGGCGGUGGCAUCGCAAUGCCAGUUAGGCUCUUCUCGAGACAAUUCAUCUGCCCAACACGAAGAUGUCGCGAGACAGUCGAGGGACGCACCAUCGACAUACACGAAGGGGGUGCUGCAGGAGCUCCGUCGAUCGAUGUUAAUGUUGAAAAAAGAAGUAGAUUGGCAGAAGGAGAGGGCCCAGCGAGGGUUUCGUGACCGCGACGCGGUGCUGGAGAUCGUAUACACCCAGGUGGAGAGGUUAGCAGCUCUCAUGCCACCUUCACAUUCCUUGAAUGAAUUGAAAAGGGAGGAUAUUAACAUGACGAACAUUGCCUCUAUCAUGGAGGAAAUCAUAGCAGGUGUGAUGGCUCUGAAGAAUGAUCGCAGCAGCAACUGUGUGAAGGAUGUCCAAACCCCUAAGACUGGGCCCGAAGAGAGGGAAGUCGCAGCGAUGAAAGCGACCAUUGAGCAACUGCGUUCAACGAUUGAGCUGCUGUUGUCAGAAAAAGGCAAGGCAGGUGAUGGUCGCCCUGCUGUUGCGUCUGCCGCUCCGCCUGUGCCCGUUUUAAACAGUCAGGCGGAUGUACUGACGAUGGCGCUCCGCCGUCUUGAGGAGGUGCGGGGUGAAAAAAUAAAGUUGGCUCACGAGCUUGAGGAGAUGCGACGGCAUCCACGGCUUGCGGGCUGGAGGUCGCGUCACGAAACCGCCACUGCGGAGAGUGAGGAAGAAGCAGAGCAUGAUGACAACAUGUGGGUGCAGUCCGUUCACCGUCUUUCGGAGGCCAACACACUUCUACAGGAGGAAUUGAGGCUGGAGCGGGAGGCCGGACAGUCGCUGAGGACGAAGCUUAAGGAAUCCGAGCGUUUUAUAACUGAGCUGCAGAAGCAGUGCCGUCGACUACGCCUGAGUGGACGCAUUGAUGUGUGCGAGGUCAUUGAGCAAUCAGGGAGUGACAGGGAUGACGAUGACGAGGAGGAGGACUCAGACGACAGCGGCGGUGAUAGUACCGCGCGUAUUACUUUCGAGGAGAAAAAACAAAGGGAGGUGGUAAAGAACACAGAGGGGAUGGGCUUGGGUGAGCAGAUGUCUACAGAAUUCUACGCUCAGUCUCAUUCACCGCACUCUACGGUGUUGACAGACACCUCAUGUUCACUGGGGCCACUAGUUGGGGCCCUAGGGUCGUCCCAUUUUAUGGAUCAGGAGAAUCAUAUGGCCUGUGUGCGAGAUCAGAAAAGGUUGGUGAAGGCACUGCGUGGUAUGCACGGCAUUAAACUUGCUACACUCCUCAUUGGGAAAGGAAGCCAGCUGUCAUUGUGUAACAUGCAUGAAAUUCUGAAUAUGUUUAUUGCCUGCAGUAUCUCAUUGCACACAUUUUUUAAAGGCACUGGAGCUUCUGCUCUUUUGCUGCGACACGUGGCAGUUAUUUAUCCGCUUCCACCCAAUGAGAUGCCAUUUUUGCAUUGGCGUCGAAUGCUGCACCCCCUCAAGUACCAACGAGGAUCAUCGUCUAAGGAGAACAAUGGGCCAUCCGUGGAGGUUUUUGACCUUUGCGAGGAGUUUCAGGCCUUAGGAAGGUACCUGCGCGGGUGCAUGGAUGUCUGUUUUUCCCACGAUGGUCGCUUUAUGUAUGCACUAACUUCUGCAGAUUCAACUGUCAUUGCGCGGUUGUGCUCGUCUGAGUGUCUUAACAUUCCUGACGAACACCAAUUUCGUUUCUCUGCUUUUUUGCCGAAAGGAAUGACCCUCCACAGGAGUGGGAGCACCGCUAGCGGCAACGGCAACGGCACAGUGUCCAACAACGUUAUGAGCACUGGCGAUUCAGUCCAGUCGCCGCUUCCAAUAGAUAUGUUGGGAUGGUGUGGACGAGGUGGCAUUUGCGCAUGGGCGCUGGACUGCAUGCAAUUUGAUUCUGCUGCAGAAAAGGCGCGUUUCGAGAGACACUUGAAGAGCGAAUACCGCCUCGUGCUAAGUCUCUCUGCCAAGGAGGUGCAACACUUUGUGGGCGGUAGUGUGGAGUUGAUGGGGCUGACGGUUGUUGGAAGGACCGUUUCUCGGCUCGUGAUGUCAUUGACAGCGUACGAGGCGCUCUCGCCGCCGCACCGCGCCCAGAUCUUGCAGUGGUACGGUGGGCCGCAGGGUAUUUUGCUGCUAAACGUUAUGAACAUUGAAAGUCUGACGGGUGCGCCUUUGCGGCGUCUCCUGGCGAUGGUGCAGUGGCACGGUCGUUGGCCGCUCUCCAAGACACCUCCACGAGAGGCGCUUGAGCGGUUUGGCUUUCAACCUCAUCAAAAACAGCAACGGCGGCCAUAA